UCGGCCACUCCUCGUAGCUCGUAGCCGCUUUACCUUACCUCAGCCGCGAUAAAUUCCACCGGCGGACAGAUAGAUCGCGGUAUCACGGCGAAACCUUCCUUCGGGUCGCCCGUGGCAUCCGCCGCGUUUGUGUACGUCGGAUCAUUUUGUGACGUUGACGCUCCUCUAUGCAUUCUGUUAAGGGCGACAACAAUGACAGCUGUUCCCUCAACGACAAUUCGUCCCCUCGUCCGGAACUCGCGUCGAACCAAGCAAAGUCCAUGGAAAAUUCGGCGGCAGACGCCAAGGAAUCUACGAUGGAGUGCGGGAACAACGUCAGCGACUCGCAGGACACGGCCGCGACCACUUUGCAACAACCAUCCACAGAGAAUAUAGACUUUACAGUGAUUUACAACAAACAGAAGAUUAGUGUAAAUUUUGCUUUAGAUGGCACAGUUGCCGAGUUAAAGACGCAUUUGCAAAAGAUCAUCUCGGUACCGCAAGCGAUGCAGAAAGUUAUGUUUAAAGGAUUAGCCAAAGACGAUCAGACCCUUAGAAACUUGGGAGUCACAAAAGGUGCCAAAGUUAUGAUAGUUGGAUCCAAAUUAGACGACGUAUUGGCUGUGUCAAUUCCAACGAAGCAAGACCUCAUCGACGAGGCCGUCUCCUCGGUGAGCAAAGAGCCUCUUUCGCAACAAAAAGUUCAUAGGAAGGUUUUAGACAAAGGUAUUCCAGAGGACGUGAUGCCAGGGAUACUAGAUAGCAAGGAACCUUUGCCUGAAUUUCCAUUAGCUGGAAUGUUAAACAAGUCUGGAGGAAAGGUUAGACUAACAUUUAAAUUGGAACAAGAUCAGCUUUGGAUCGGCACGAAGGAACGAACGGACAAAAUACCAAUGAAUUCGAUCAAGGGUGUGCAUAGUGAACCUAUUCACGAUCAUCCGGAAUAUCAUGUUAUGGCAAUACAGUUAGGCACUACGGAGGCAUCAAGGUAUUGGAUAUAUUGGGUCCCUGCGCAGUACAUAGCGGCUAUUAAGGACGCUAUUCUUGGCAAAUGGUGUUACUUCUGAUUGAUAAUCGCUAGAAAUUUCUGUAAAGCUUAAUCGGGUGUAAACAUUGAUACAAACAUUGCUGUUACAUUGACAUAAAAACUGUCAGCUAGUCACACACAUACACGCGCACACACACACACACACACUACAAACAAACACAUUUCUAACAGUAAGUAAUAAUUUAUUUUGAGUUGCAUCAUUAUUGCGGAGAAUACCCAAUAAACGUAGUCUGUUCCGUUACAAAAACAAUUUAGGUGACUAGUCUUGAUUUAUUGGGGAAACAAAAAGGAUAUGAUCGCUAUGCCAAAUGUUUUAUAUUUUCAUAGUCCAGAUUUAAGUGUAUGCUCUGAAUUUUUUAUACUGCUGAAAGUAAGGUAGUCUUGAGAACUGUGAUUAGUGAAACUUCCAUAAUUAAAACAAUGUGUUGUGAUAAUGUGAUUUAAAAAGAAAUUUCUUUUUUUUCACCGAUAUGUCUCUACAAAUUUUAUUCAAGAUAUUAGUUCAAUCUGAUUUGUUUAUAAAUCCUUUUUGCAAUAAAUAUGUUAUUUUGAUGUGGAUAUAUUAUAGACACUAUUUUAAUUUGAAUAAUUUAGCGUAUUAUUCGUAUUAUUUGUUCAACAAAGCAACAGUUUUUAUGAGACUUAAUUACAUGUCAAUUAACUCUUUCGCUGCACGGAGUACACAUUUGUGCCCUUAACAAAUGAGCGAUUAUCUUUAUAACGUAUAUCUUUAUUCUCUCCAGUUUUCGACAUUUAUGAUAAAACAAAAGACAAAUAUAAAAGAGAUACCUAUAAUUAGAUAUCAUAGGUAGGCUACAGAAAUUAUUCAGUCAGCUGCAAGUUUUUUUGCGCCAGAAGUGUUUGCCUUCCGUACAUGGGCGCUUUUUCGUUACGAGGGGGCUGUAGCGAAAGGGUUUCGUAACAUUGCAUUUACAAGCAAAUUUUUGCAGUGACCAUUGUCUAUGCAUGCAACUUAUGAUUUGUUAUUAUUCAUUUAUACAUUUUCACGUAACGUUCAGUUUAACGAUGAUCAAUUUAAAUGUGUGAUUGAUCACAUGUGUAUACACGUUCGUGCGUAAUUCGGAAACUGUGCGAGAUCUAUUCUUGGUACAUGUGAAAUUUUAACAAAGUUUUACCUUUUGUUGUAGUUUCUGCAACGAAAAAUACACACAUACAUAUCUUUUUUGCAUAAUAUAGACUACACGGCACACUAUAUUGCUAUCGAGCAAAGCUACAAUCCUUGUAAACAAAAGAUGGAAUAAUAAUUUUAUACUUGAGUAUCGUUGGAUUAACUCAAACAGCAGAAUAACAACGAAUUUCGUGCUGAAUGAAAUUAAGAAAAUCCGUUCAACAUUUUGUGGUUGGCCUAGUAGUAAAAUAAUAUGUAAAAAAAAGAGAGAGAGGGGUCAAAACAAGUCCACACUGCUAUAUCACAGUCUGUAAGAAUGAAAAGAUUCAUAUAUACUCUUUAGCGUUAUAACUGCUGUAAAUUAGGUUUUAUACCAUUUGAAUUGUAUAACCGCAAGAAUAAGAUAAAUCAAAAUCUGUAGUAAUCUAUAGGUGGAUUCGGGGAGCGUGGUUUUAGCGCUAAAAGCGUCUUUUAUCUUUGUUCGGCAUACAGUGAGUAACAAAGAUGGACUGAUGCUUUCAGCGCUGAUAGCGUCUCCCUAAACGCAGCCUACGACAGUUUACAACUGUCGAAAAAUUGACUUCGGACGCCGGUUUGAAUGGGACUUGUACAUUAGUUGUGUGAUUUGAUAAAAUAAACACUUCUGAGAC